AAAUGCGGAAGUGUUGAAUUCACUGACCUGAAAGCCAACGCGACUGCAGGCUGUCGUCUUUAUUGUUGUCUUUGUACUUAUUUCACCACGAACGUGUGACGCGUGAUAAAGAAACAACAUCAAAGCUUGUUGGCGCCGAUAUAGACCCGGCGAAAACUGUUCAGUUGGCUUUAUAACCCGCCUGUUUCCUAGCUGCAGAGGUUAGCAACCCGUUGCUAAUAAGCGCUAGCGUGGAAAAAAAUGUGUAAAGUCAAAAAGCUGAGAGCCUUGAUGGAGCAGCGACUCAGUUCCGUCGUGGAAGAAAUAUUCGGACUGUUCGAAAGAACCAUAGCAGAGUACGAGGAGGAACUUUCCAGAACAAAAGAGGAGUACGAGAGGCAACGCGAACAACUGGAUGCUGCUCUCAGACCUCCAGUUCGAUUACACGGAGCAGAUGUCCAGCAGGUGUCCGUGAAGAAAGAAGUUGAGGUUCUCUCAGAGCAACAGGAGUGGCGCUCCAAUGCGGGGCAGGAGGAGCCGGGGCCCGCCUUCAUUAAAGAGGAAGAGGAGGAUCUGUGGGAGCAGUUUCAAGGGUUGGAGGAGGCCGACGUCACCAAUUUGAUGUCUCCAGGUGUCCCAUAUAAGAGUGAGGACGACGAAGAUUAUGAUGACAUCCAGCAGGUGUCAGAGAAGGUUGAAGACAAGCUUCCCACUAAGAAGCAAGAGUGGAUCCCCUGUGUGGGGCAGAACCUUAAAGAGGAAGAGGAGGAACCGUGUGAGCAGCUUCAGUCCUCACAGUUUCAUCACAGUGUGGAGAACAGAGGGGCGGAGCCUCUAACUCAACACAUAACAGAAGUUGAUGGAAAGCGUUGUAAAAACAUAAACUCCCAACCAGACGGAAUCUUUGCUCCACUGUCAGCCAUGGACGACGUGAUGUCAGACUCUUUUGAGAACAAUCACUGUGAUGACACCCAAGAAGUGGACACAAGACGUCAGACUAACAACAAACAUUGCUCCGAAUGUGGGAAAUCCUUUGCACUGAGGAGUAAUUUGACAAUACACAUGAGAACACAUACAGGAGAGAAACCUUUUGCUUGCUCAGUUUGCGCUAAAAGAUUCUCCUUAAAACAAAAUAUGAUAUUACACAUGAGAACGCACACUGGAGAGAAACCAUUUGCUUGCUCGGUUUGCGAUAAAAGAUUCUCCUUAAAUCAAAAUAUGAUGUUACACAUGAGAACGCACACUGGAGAGAAACCUUAUGCUUGCUCAUUUUGUGCAAAAAGAUUCUCUUUACAAGGUCCCCUGAAAAGACACCUUAUGGUACAUACAGGGGAAAAUCCCUUUGCUUGCUCAGUUUGUGAUAAAAGAUUCAAGAUCAAAGCGGAAAUGAUACUACACAUGCAUAAACACACUGGUGAGAAACCGUUUACCUGCGCCGUGUGCAGGAAGAGUUUCUCCACAAAGCAGACUAUGACCAAACACAUGAGAUCGCACAUGGAGGAGAUGCAAUUUUCCUGCUCGUUUUGCCCGAAAAGAUUCACCAGUAAAAAUUAUGUCAUGAUACACAUGAGAACGCACACUGGGGAGAAACCGUUCAGUUGCAUUGUGUGCGAAAAGAGGUUCACAUAUAAGUAUCAGGUCAGCAGACACAAGUGUGUAACAGCUAUUGAAACGGCAGGGGUUUAAAUACACCCAAACUGUUAAAACUCAUGUAUGUUUUGUACUUGAUGUGGUUAAGUUAACGUUAUAGGUGUGUCCCAUUUUGUGUUUUUUGUCUUCCAUAUAAUUGUGUGCAUUUACUAAUUAAGCAACGUGAAACACUAUCUUAUUUUUGUAAAUGAGUGCAUUCAUUUGUAAUAAAAGUAAUUACAAAUAUUAAUAAAAUAAACGAGCUACAGUAGUAUUGUUAAAUAGGAUAAAGUUGCAUCAGCUGUGUAAGUGGGACAGUCAAGAGUUACUAAGAAUUAAACCUUCAUAGAAUAUUCCAAUGGAACUGCUAGGGGUCAUCUUGACCCCACUUGUGGAAGAGUGGGGUAAUGAUUCAAAUACCGCAAUUUCUUAAAAUUAAUGAAAGAAUAAAUAAACAUGCAAAUGGCCUCAUGUCACAAACAUUUUUUAUGAGGAAUACUUGGAAUAGGAAUACAUUACAACUUUUCGUUUUAAACAUUUUGAACAAUAACAUUAUUGAGUGUUUAUGUAUUAGUUAUUUCACUCCCUAACAAGCGUUUGUCCGACCAGUUGUAACAUUUUCAAAACUCUAAACACAAUUACCACAGCAUUGAUCUUUUGUGGCCAUACCAUUCACACAUUUCAUGUCAUUUUCACACAAUAUACAGUCAGUGAACGCAAGUCCACAAUGUUUGUAUUUUCUCACAGUAACAGACAAGAUGUGGACCGAUCGUGUCUUCCGGUACCGAUCAAGCACUUCUUGCUUCAACCACAAUGUAUGUUCAUCUGAUAUUCUUCAUUUUUCAAAUUCAAGCUUUAUCUUUUGAAGUGAGAGGCAUAA